AUGACACGUGAACAAUACAUACUAGCAACACAACAGAAUAACCUGCCAAGAACUGAGAAUGCACAACUUUAUCCAGUGGGAAUUUAUGGAUGGCGAAAGAGGUGCUUAUACUUCUUUGUCCUUCUGCUGUUGGUUACCAUGAUAGUUAACUUAGCCAUGACAAUAUGGAUAUUGAAAGUUAUGAAUUUCACUGUGGAUGGUAUGGGAAAUCUGAGAGUCACCAAGAAGGGAAUCCGACUUGAAGGUAUAUCUGAGUUUCUACUUCCAUUGUAUGUGAAAGAAAUUCAUUCCCGAAAGGAUAGUCCUCUGGUCUUACAGUCUGACAGGAAUGUAACAGUGAAUGCAAGAAAUCACAUGGGGCAGUUAACUGGACAGCUGACAGUAGGAGCUGACGCUGUGGAAGCUCAGUGUAAGAGGUUUGAAGUGAGAGGGAGUGAAGAUGGCAGAGUGCUAUUUUCUGCAGAUGAAGAUGAGAUCACCAUUGGGGCUGAAAAGCUGAAGGUUACAGGCACAGAAGGAGCUGUGUUCAGGCACUCUGUAGAAACACCUCACAUCAGAGCAGAACCUUCUCAAGACCUCAGGCUUGAAUCACCAACUAGAUCUUUGAUAAUGGAGGCACCUCGAGGGGUCCAGGUGAGCGCUGCUGCAGGAGACUUCAAGGCCACUUGCAGGAAGGAACUCCAUUUGCAGUCAACAGAGGGAGAGAUAUUUUUAAAUGCAGAUACAAUCCGGCUGGGAAAUCUACCGACUGGCUCCUACUCAUCUUCUUCACCUAGCUCCCCACAUUCUCGACAGACAGUGUACGAACUCUGUGUCUGCCCCAAUGGCAAACUUUACCUUUCUCCAGCAGGAGUAGGCUCCACUUGUCAGUCCAGUAGCAACAUCUGCUUAUGGAGCUAA